AUGUCGACCGCGGAUGAGCUCAAGGCUCUGGGCAACAAGGCCAUUGCCGCAAAGAACUUCGACGAGGCUGUUGACAAAUUCACACAGGCCAUUGCCUUGACGCCGGACAACCAUAUCCUCUACAGCAACCGGUCCGCAGCCUACGCCUCCAAGAGAGACUACGAGAACGCCCUGAAAGAUGCCGAAAAGACCACAGAACUCAAGCCUGACUGGCCCAAGGGCUGGAGCCGGAAAGGUGCUGCUCUCCACGGCAGGCGUGACCUUGCCGGCGCUCUAGACGCCUACAAGAAGUCCUCCGAGCUGGACCCAAACAAUGCCGCCGUCAAGAACGACAUCGCCAACAUUGAGCGAGCCCUGCAGACCCCAGAAGACCCCAUGGGCGACCCUUCUGCCGGACUCGGCCAGAUGUUCAGCGACCCCAACCUCAUUGCGAAGCUCGCUGCCAAUCCCAAGACGAGCUCCUUCAUCUCCGACCCUGUGUUCAUGAACAAGAUUCAACAGAUUCAGCGAGACCCCAAAUCUCUGAAUCCUCAGGAGCUUACUGGGGACCCGAGGUUCCUGCAGGUGCUCGGGGUCUUGAUGGGCGUUGACAUGCAGAUGGGCAUGCCCGACGAGGCUGGCCCGGCUGGUGGCGCGCCGCCACGUGAGGCUGAGGAGGAGAUUAAGAGGCCCGAGCCUGCCAAGAAGGCACCUGAGCCCGAACCAGAGCCAGAGCCCAUGGAAGAGGAUGAGGAGUCGAUUGCUAAGAGGAAAGCCAAGGAGGAGGCCGACAAGCUGAAGGCUCAGGGCACCGCUGAGUACAAGAAGCGAAACUUUGACGCGGCCAUUGAGAACUAUUCCAAGGCAUGGGAAACUCACAAGGACAUCACCUACCUGACCAACCUGAGUGCCGCCUAUUUCGAGAAGGGUGACUAUGAAAAGUGCAUCGAGGCCUGCACACAGGCUGUCAAUGAAGGACGCGAGAUCUACGCCGACUUCAAGCUGAUAGCCAAGGCUUACGCUCGCAUUGGCAGCGCCUAUGAGAAGCAAGCCGACCUGACAAAGGCAAUCGAGUACUACAACAUGUCCCUGCGUGAGCACCGUACACCCGACAUCUUGAACAAGCUUCGGGCCGCGGAGAAGAAGAAGCUCGAAGACGCCAAGAAGGCGCUCAUCGACCCUGAGAAGGCCGAAGAGGCUCGCGUGCAAGGCAACGAGUUCUUCAAGAAGUCCGAGUACACCGAGGCUUACAAGGCCUACGAGGACAUGGCCAAGCGCUCCCCGGAAGACCCCCGAGGCUACUCGAACAAGGCAGCGGCCCUGAUCAAGCUUGGAGAGUUGCCAAGCGCCUUGGACGAGUGCAACACUGCCAUCAAGAAGGACAAGACCUUCAUCCGCGCAUACAUCCGGAAGGCACAGGCGCUCUUCAUGAUGAAGAGAUACUCCGACUGCCUGGACGCGUGCGAGCAGGCCGCUGAGGUUGACCUUCAGCACCACAAUGGUGCCAGUGCCAGGGAGAUCGAGCAGCAGCAGCAGAAGGCGCUGGCCAAGAUGUACGAGAGCCGCGAGGGUGAGACCGAGGAGCAGACUAGAGAGAGGAUCAUGCGGGACCCCGAUAUCAUGGCCGUCAUGCAGGAUCCAGUGAUGCAGUCUAUCCUCCAGCAGGCUCAGUCCGACCCUGCCGCUCUCCGCGAGCACAUGAAGAACGCCGGUGUGCGCUCCAAGAUCCAGAAGCUUAUCGCUGCUGGCGUUAUUCGCGUUGGUUAA